UACAGUAAAUUGUGAUGGCUGAAAUAAAUAAUGAGCUAAACAGUGAACUGGAAAAUCGUUAUAUGCAGAGAUCGUUUGACCAUGAUACAUUACGAUUAAUUGGUUCGGGUCAAUUUUCUAAAAUCUAUUUGGUUAAACAUAGAAACAAUGAUAAACAAUAUGCCAUUAAAAAGAUAGAAAUUACUGAAAUAACUGGUUUCGGCAUAACUAAUAUCAAACAGAUAUACAAUAGUAUUAAACGCGGUAUGAAAUUGUGGUCACAGAUGGACAGCGAGUGUUUCGUACGAUACAACUACUCGUGGCUAUCAUUAGAUGAUAAUAAAUACUAUAUGAAUAUACAAAUGGAUUUGUGUUGGUAUUCAUUGGAUGAGUGUAUCAAACAAAUGCACAGUUAUUUCAAGGAUACUAAACCGAAAACUGGUUGGCCAUCGGUUGGCUAUUAUAUGGCAUCGGAAAUGUUUGUCGAAAUAUUAGAGGCAAUCAAUUAUAUACACAAACAAGAGAUUAUCCAUCGAAGUAUUAAACCGACAAAUAUAUUGAUUAUUAAUCGCAAUAAUCAUAAGUUUAUCAAAUUGGCUGACUUUGGUUACGCCACUGAACACGAGUCGAGUUCACAGUCGCAUACAAUGCUUAAGAUUGAUGAUAAAUAUAUGGCACCGGAAGUGAAACGUAGCCGAAAAUAUUGUAUAAAAUCCGAUAUGUAUAGUAUCGGCGGUAUUGCACAGGACUUGUUUAAUAUCGAUAUCAAUAGUAAAUUCAAAAAUAACCUUGAUGAUGAUAGCAAACAAAUGUUAGACAUUUGUAUUGUACUAUUAAGCGGUUCAAGCAAUGAAAGACAUACAUGUGAUUAUUUGAUUAAAAAUAAUAAUAAAUGGAUUAAAGAUUAUGAAUCAGUUCGGGAAAACAUUAUCAAAAUGAUUGAAAUUGGUCAUCAAUAUAAUCACCAUGAUCAAUUUGUUGAAUAUUUUUUGGAAAAUAAAACCAAACAAUAUUUACCAACUGAAACAUUGACCAUGAUUAAAUUGUCUAGACAAUUUUCGGAUAGAAAAUUUUCAGCCAAUAGUGAUAAUAAUAAUAAUGAUGAUAAAAAUGGACAAGUGGCAAUCUAUAAAAAUGGACAUUACCUUGAUCAAUUUACUGAAAUUGAUAAAAUAGGAUCGGGAGGUUUCGGUCAAGUGUAUAAAGUUUGCGAUAAAAAUCAGAAUAAAUUCUAUGCCAUCAAAAUUAUACAACUAUCAGGUGUAUCUGAAAAAGAGAUCAUCUAUUUUCGUAAUGAAAUCAAAUAUCUAAAACAAGUAUCCGAUUCAAUAUAUGCUGUCCAAUGUAUUGAUUCAUGGCUAGAAAAUAAUCAACUAUACAUACAAAUGGAUCUUGGUGAUUUCAAUUUACGUACCUUGAUCGAUUUUAAACGACAAUUAUUACAAAUAGCCCAUGAUCAAUUAGAUGAAUUUAACGAAAUUGAUCAUGUUGAUUAUGCAAUAUCGUACGAAAUAUUUCGGGAACUGAUUGAAUGUCUAAACUAUUUGCAUCAACAACAACCCAAACCGAUUAUGCACCGGGAUAUUAAACCGGCAAACAUAUUGCUAACCAUUGAGCCCCGUUCGGGUAGGUUUGUCAGGUUAGCCGAUUUUGGACUGGCCAAAGAGGAUGAAGGCAGUCAAAUAAGUCAUACAAAACUGGUUGGUACUGAAAAAUAUAUGCCACCCGAAGUCCGACACAGUGGUCACUAUAAUACCAGUGCCGAUGUCUACUGUCUGGGCGAAGUUGCCUUUGUACUAUUUGAUAAGAUUCAACCAAGUCUAUCCAUUGAAGCACCGGUAGCUGCUUUGAAAUAUCAUAACUGGUUAUCGGUUAACAAUAGUCGACAAUUGUUUCCUAAUAAUCCCAAUCAUAUUAGAGAAUCGGCUAAUGUUAUUGAGGGUAGAGAUUAUCGAUUGCAAUUGGAUUCCGAAUAUUUCGUACGAUAUUAUUAUACAUGGCUUACAUUCACUGAUAAUAAAUACUAUUUCAAUAUACAAAUGGAUUUGUGUUGGUAUUCAUUGGAUGAGUCUAUCAAACAAAUGCACAAUUAUUUCAUGGAUACCAAACCAAAAACUGGUUGGCCAUCGGUUGGCUAUUAUAUGGCAUCGGAAAUGUUUGUCGAAAUAUUAGAGUCAAUCAAUUAUAUACACAAACAAAAUAUUAUUCAUCGAAGUAUUAAACCGACAAACAUAUUAAUUAUUAAUUACAAUAAUUAUAAGUUUAUCAAAUUAUCUGACUUUGGUUACGCCACUGAACACGAAUCCAGUUCACAGUCGCAUACAAUGCUGUCGAUUGACGAUAAAUAUAUGGCACCGGAAGUCAAACGAAGCCGAAAAUAUUGUAUAAAAUCCGAUAUGUAUAGCAUCGGCGGUAUUGCACAGGACUUGUUUAAUGUCGAUAUCAAUUGGAAACUUAAAAAUAACCUUGAUAAUGAUAGCAAACAAAUGUUAGACAUUUGUAUUGUACUAUUAAGCGGAUCAAGUAAAGGUGCUUUUGGUUAUGUUUAUAAAGUGUGCGAUAAUAUUGAAAAUAAAUUCUAUGCCAUUAAAAUAAUAGAAUUAUCAGAUCGAAGUAAUACAACAAUCAAUUAUUUUAGUAAAGAAAUUAAAUAUUUAAAACAAGUAUCGGAUUCAAUAUAUGCAGUCAAAUGUUGGGACUCGUGGCUGGAAAAUAAUCAACUAUACAUACAAAUGGAUCUAGGUGAUUUCAAUCUGCGUACCCUGAUCGAUUAUAAACGUUUAAUAUUAGAAUUGGCUAAAAUUCAACUGAAACCGAUUAUGCACCGGGAUAUUAAACCGAAAAAUAUAUUGUUAACUGUUGAACCGCGAUCGGGUAGGUUUGUCAGGUUAGCCGAUUUUGGUUUGGCUAAAGAGUACGAUGGCAGCGACAUAAACUAUACACAGGGUGUGGGAACUCCCGGUUAUAGGGCACUGGAACUUAUUACAGGCAAACAAUACAAUACAAUGGUCGAUGUUUAUAGUCUGGGCGAAACAGCUUAUAUAUUAUUUGAACAAAUUCAACCAAGUGACGGUCUAACUGAAAAUUUGAAUGCAAUUAAUAAAUUGAUAGUAAGUAUGUUUGAUGGUAUGGCUGAUAAUCGGCCAAAAUGUGACGAUAUAUUAAACCAAAUUAAUAAAUUGGCAAUUAAUCAACAACUAUUGCAACCACUACUUGAAUGUCUAACUGGAAAAAAUGAUGAAUUUAAUUUAUAUUUGUUACUACAAUGA